AUGUUCAAUAAAAUUUAUGAAACAACAUUAGUUUCUCAAUUACUUGAUUCAAUUGAUAAUCAUUUAAAAAUUGUUGAUUUAUCAAUGGAACAAAAAGAAUCUCAAGAAUAUCAAUCAUCUAUUGAUAAUCCUGAUGAAAAUGACAAUGAUGAUGAUGAUGAUGAUGAUCUUUGGCUUAGUGGUUAUCGAUCAAUAUUUUCAUCAUAUGGAAGUCAUUAUCGAAAAAAUCUAUCACCAUUUCAUAAUAGUCAAUAUGAAGGUUUUCAUUGGGAUUUAUAUGAAAAUUAUAAUUAUCAUUAUCUUGCAUUUGAACAUAAUCAACAAAAUAUUUGUCAAGAAAAAAAAUUUUCUCAAUGGUCAACACAUCUCAAUUCAGAUAAUAUAACAUCAUUAUCGGAUCGAACACGAACAUCAUGGUAUGAAAUAAAAACAAAAUCUAUGAAUGAUAGUUAUUUAUCAUCAAGAAAUAUAUCCCAUAAAAAUCAUAAUUCAUCUAAUCCAUUAAAAUUAUAUCGUUUAUUUCGACAUAGAAAAUCUCAACAACAUCCAUGUCGUUUAUAUGAUAAUUUUAGUGAUAAAAGUACAUGUGAUUCAUUAACAUCAUCAUCAUCAUCAUCAUCUUCAUCAUGUUCAAAUUCCAUUAACCAUGAACAUCAAAUUUCAAUAUCAAAGAUUAAAAUAAAACAAGAAGAAACUAAAAAUAAUGUUGAUCAAUGUCUUCAAACAUCAAUUAGUCUUUGUGAAAACGAUAAUUUUACUGUUACUAGUUCGAAAACUGUUAAUCAUCUAUUGAAUAAUCCUAGUCAUUCAUCUUCUAUAUCUCAUCAUUCAUUACCAAAUCUUGAUUUUCUUAGAUAUUAUGCUAAAGAAAAUCGAACAUCAUUAGCACCAGUUACAAAUCAUACAAAUCAUUUUUGUACAGCGAUGAAAAGCACAUUGUCGGAACCAUUAUCAUUAGCAAAAAAGGCCACAUAUACAAUUUUCUAUUUUAGUAUUAAAGGACCUAAUCAAUCUACAACAUUUCAUCCAUCACUAUCAACAAUUCAAAAAAUACAAACACAGAAAGAAAUUAAACGUUUGUCAAAUAGCAAAAUUUGUUCAAAUAAAACAUCUACAGAAGAAACUGAAACAUUUUCAUCAACAUGUUCAAGUAUAUCAAGUAGUGGUUAUUUUAGUAAUAGUUCAACGAAUCAAACACAUCAUAUUCAAACAUUGUCAUCUCCAUAUCCUCUUAAAUCAUGUUUAAAACGCGCUAAAACUACACAAUCAACAAAUUCACCAUCAGCUGUAAAUGUUCGUGCUGUUGAUGUUACUGAAAAUAUAAUUACAUUACCUGAUCAAUGUGUUCAUAAUGAAAACGAUACAUCAAAAACUAGACGUUCUUCAGUACCAACGACAUCAUCACAUGAACAAAAUCUUGUAUUAAAAUUUCGAACAAGAAAUAAAACUUGUACUUUAUCUGAACAUGAUCUUCAAACAAAGAAAAAUGUUAGUUUUUGUGAUGAAAUUGUUCGACGGCUUGUUACAUCAUCAAUAAGUCCGAAAUAUUCCUAUGACGAUUAUUUUGAUUUAAUACCACAAGAAUAUUUAAUCGAUAGUCCACCAAAUGAAUUUAAUCUAUCUGAUGAUGAUAAAAAUGAAGAUCAAUUGAUAAAUAUUAUUGAAAAUGUAUCAGAUAAUCUAACAAAAAAAAUUUCAUUUAAUAAUAACAAUGAUAAAUAUUUAAUUGAUGCAUUUGCAAAUACAAUUCUUCAUAUAUUAGAAAUAAAAUGUAAUGAUCCAAAGUCUUAUUAUUUAAAUAAUCAAACAAAUUAUGAAUUAGAUCGAAUACUUCGUCAAGAUUUAUGUCCAUUAUUGCGUGACAUACUUGACGAUGGUUUACGAUCAUGUUCUGGUUCUUUAUUUUCAAAAAAAAAUAAUUUAUGGCGUUUAGUUGAAUUAACAAUGCCAACAACGAGUCGAUUCAAUGAAGCGAAAAUAAAAGCACAAAUUGACUUGUCAUUUACUAUGGAUUGGAUUGAAAAAUUUAAUUCAUUUAUUUAUCAUUUACUCAAUUUUCAUGAACUUGCCUCAUGGUUAACACAUUUUAUUUCAAAUCGUACAUUAUUAAAUACAUAUUAUGAAUCAUCAGCAUUUAUACUUGUUAACAAUAAUAAUGCUUUAUUUGAAUGUAUUACAAAUCAAUUAGAAAAAUUAUCACCAUUACAAUUUCGAUUAAAAUAUAAAAUUUUAUCAAAUUCAAAAAUAUUAGUAACUAAUCCACGUGUAUCUUCAUCGAUAUUAACGAAAAAAUUUAAUGUACGAGCUUGGUUACGUGAUAGAAAAGCUCAAGUAAAAAAUUCAUCUAAAGAAUCACAAAAUCCAUCAACAAAAUCAAUAUCAUCUGUAUUAUCGAAUGUUUCUAUUCGACGUAAAUCAAAUUCAAUUCCAGGAUCUGGAUAA